UUUAUCAACAACCCUACGACCCCACAUGCCACAUACCCGUUUCGAACCGACACAACCCGUCGUCGAACGGAUAGCUCGAGCGCUCCAUCACCCGCUCUUCCUCCUCCAUAGAUCCGAUUCCAUCUUCUUCAUCUUAGGUGCCACGGGUAAUGUUUAUACUGUGAUGUUGUCUUCGACCCCUACGUGCACGUGUCCCGACCGUACAACCUCAUGCAAACACAUACUGUUUGUUUUGAUCCGGGCUUUAGGCGUCUCAGUCGACGACACAUGUCUCCGGAGGCGGACUCUCCAGCCAUGUCAGUUGAGUUGCCUUCUCGGGACGCCCAUGUCGCCCGAGGCAUUAGCAGAGGUCAGUCUACGUGAGAGGUUCCACCAGCUUUUCUCCAAAAGGAAGAAGCAUGGUGGGUCGGGGGAUGUUAAGGAGAACGAAGAAGGAACUAUGUGUUUCGUUUGCUUGGAGGAAAUGGAGAAAGGAGACAAAGUGGCGACUUGUUCCACGUGUUGGAACUUGAUUCAUGAAGAAUGUUUGAUGAGGUGGAAGAGGAGCCGUGGGAGAAGGUCGGCUAAUUGCGUGAUUUGCCGUGCAAGGUGAAGUAGUGAUCAAGAAAAGUAUUUGAAUUUAGCUGCUUAUAUUGGCCGGGACCUGAGUGAGGGCGGCGGUGACAAUGAUGGUAGCGGCCUUUGUGGUGGAUGAUUUAUUUUACGUUCUUAGUUUUAGGAUUGAAAUUUUUUUGAUUAUGAACUAUAUAUGUUUUUAAACUAUAAAUUGUGUAUAUUCA